UCGCUGUCUUUCAGUCUCUCUGCACCCAUCAUCCAUGUCCUCUUCCCUAUAACCUGUCAACCAUUACCCUCAUAUGACACUCACUCCAUCAUAAUCCAAAGACUCUUAAAUUUCAUCCAUUUUCAAUAUCCAAGUUCAUGAAUGAUCUUUAGCAAUAUUGACAUGGCUUUCCCUCCUCAUGCUUUCAUCUUCCGAUCCCAUGAUGACAAGCCUUCCCCUACCUCCCUCAAUUCCCUCCCUUCAUGCCCUCCUCAGCUCUUUCACCAUGGUGGUGGUGGUGGUGUACCAUUCAUGAUGAAGAGAUCCAUGUCGUUUUCAGGUGUGGACAAGUCUGAGGAAGUUCAUGGGGAUGAUGAGUUGUCUGAUGAUGGAUCGCAGCUUGGGGAGAAGAAGAAGAGGCUGAAUUUGGAGCAGGUCAAGGCUCUGGAGAAGAGCUUUGAGUUGGGAAACAAGCUUGAGCCAGAGAGGAAAAUGCAGCUGGCAAAGGCUCUGGGGAUGCAGCCACGGCAGAUAGCCAUCUGGUUUCAGAACAGAAGGGCUAGGUGGAAAACCAAGCAAUUGGAGAAAGAUUAUGAAGCCUUGAAGAAACAGUAUGAAGCUCUUAAGGCUGAUAAUGAUGCCCUCCAAGCUCAGAACAAGAAACUCAGUGCUGAGUUAUUGGCUCUGAAAACCAAGGAUUCAAAUGAAGUGAGCCUCAAGAAAGAGAAUGAGGGUUCUUGGAGCAAUGGAAGCGACAACAGUUGUGAUGUGAAUUUAGAUAUCUCAAGAACAGCAGCAAUAACCAGCACUGCUUUGUCUUCCCAAUUAAGCAGCAGACAACUCUUCCCCUCAUCCAUCAGGCCUACAAGCAUGACUCAACUCCUCCAGGGCUCAUCCAGACCGGAUAGCCAUUGCCCGAAUCAAGUUGUUCAAGAAGAGAACUUCUGCAACAUGUUCAAUGGUAUCGACGAGCAGCAAGGCUUUUGGCCAUGGACUGAGCAGCAAAGUUACCAUUGAACAAAGAUGAAAUGAAUUGGUUAAUUAAUUAAUCUCCCAAAACAAUCACCCCAUACCCUUUAUGCGUUUGAUCAGUCUUUUUCGUAGUAACAUUAAGAAGAAUAUUAGGAUUUUUUACCCCCUCCCAGUUUCAAUUCUUGUUUUGGCUGUAGAUUUUGUUGUAUAGAACUGAACAUAUUUGCUUCAUCAAUUCAACAUCUCAUUUUAGCCAGAAUAAUCAGUAUGGUGGAUU